AUGUCUAAUGGAAACAAACAAACAAAACGAGAGAUUCCUUCAAUUGAACUUGCGCAAGAGCUAGAAGCUGCAAGAAGAUUGGUAAAGAGUCUGAAGGAAUAUUUAGAAAACCUCCGAAUUUUCAAAAAAUGUUUAAGGGAGGUGAAUGCAAAUAGUGAACAACUAAUAAAAGUUAACCUACUAUGGAUUGACAUAGUUAAUAAUAUCAAUGACAUAAGAACUGUGCCAUAUGCUAUA